UUGUGCAAACAACGGCUUCCUCUUUAACUUCUGAAAUAUUGGCUACAAGUGAUCCAAAUUCUCUCUCUACAAUUUCUUCUAAACGAAUGCCUGAAAAUCAACACAAUCGACCAAGAGAAGCUUCUACAUCUAGCGGUUGUGUAACACCAGAUUUAUUAAGCGGAUGUCAAUCGCCGGGACAGCAGUUGUUAAGUGGGUUUGAGGAAAGAAAAUAUAGAUGUGCAUUUGACGGAUGUUCAAAAACUUACAAAAAUCAGCAAGGACUAAGACAACAUAUGCGGACUUCUCACAGUUCAUCACUUGAACAUUCUUUACAAAUGUCUUCUAAAUUGAGUGCGUCAGAAGAGGGAAUUCUUAGCAGACAAUUUCCUGGACGUCAAUCACCAUUUCUAUCAUCCUCAAUGGUUUUUAAUUCACCUGUUUCUGUUUCGACUACUGACUCGUCAUCUUCUCAAAAAAUUACAGUGAUACAAGAAGCACCUUUUUUGGUUACAACAGUUUCAUCAGUUUCUUUACCUGUUAAUGUUCCUUCUGUUGGGAAUACUUUAUUGAAAGAUUGUAAAUACCAAUGUCAACAAUGUGCUUCUACAGGAAAUGAAUUCAAAGUGUUUAAAACAUUGACGUCACUUAACAAGCAUUUACGUGAGACUCAUGGUGCGGUUACUCUUUCACCAUCACGAUAUCCGCCUGGUCAACAUCAAAAAUUGAUUCAAAUUUAUUCGCCACAACAAUCACCUCAAAGACCAUUGUCUGUUGGCAGUUCGCAACAGGUUUCGAUAAUUCAGCCUCAAAGUAGUGGUUCGUUCAUUACCCCAACACUAGCAAUUCCUCGCCAAAAUGCCUCACAACAACAAUCAUCUUCCGCUUCCUUACAAUCGCGUUUAUCACGUCCUUCAGCUCCAAUUCCUCCGUCUACUCCACCUUCGCCAUAUUCCACUGCUGUCACGUUAGUUUCUGCUUCCCCUACAUCUUACAGUUAUUCGCCGCAAAAAUAUCAAAACAUCCAACAACAACAUAGACGCCAAAAUCAGUUUACAGUAUCGGAUAAUAGUCAAGGGCAACAACAGCACGUGAUGGGGAGUGGUAUACACCAUUACUAUUCUACAUCAAAUGUCCAAACAGCUCCGAUUGAUCAGCAACCGCCAGUGUUACAACCCCAGCAACAAACUUCAGCUGGGUCUCAGCGCUUUUUGCGUUAUACUUAUCAGCAACCAGAUCAACAAAUUUAUUCUAGUGAAACAUCACCUGCAUAUCCCUAUUCUUCUAUUGGCGGAAUAGAGAGCAAUAAUACUGGUACAACUACUAUUUAUGUAACUCAUCAGCAACAACCACCACAACAUAUUGGACAACAACAGCCAAAUUAUCGAACAAAUCAGUGUCAAGUGGAAUAUGAACAGGACAAUUUUGGACGAACAUUCUACCGCCAACAACCAGAAAUUCAACACUACCUGGUUGAACCAAACGGUCAACAGCAAAGUUCUGGCACAUAUUCUCAGCCAAACAUUCAAGUUCAACAGCCGAACGGUACACGUUUGACCCCAACUUCAUCUGUGACAACUCUUCGGGCAGUCCCUAUUGGAGGGAAUAUCUCUAGUCAACAAGUCGGAACGCUACAGCAGUUCCAUCAACCAGUUUACGAACAACCCCGAGGAAAUGUUUAUGGAGAGGUAAAAUUAUAUACAUAA